CUGCGUCGCGACGCCGCGCCGCUCAAUACGCGCGGCGCGCACGUCCCGUACGCCCCGCGCGUCAGUGCAGUAUUCACCCGCGACGAACACACCCUUUCUCAGAGAACACAUAUUAAUCUGCCUUUUAAUAGAAUUACAAUAAGACCGUACCGUCUAUUUAAUUUUUCAAUUUCAUAUAGCGGUACCUAAUAUUUUGUAUAAAUAUUUAAGUGGCAUAAGUUUUAGUUACUUUCAGUAUAACGUAAAUAAAGAGAUAUUAAGUGUUGUGUGAUCGCGAACACGGUGCCAACUACAAUGGCAUACAGAUUUUGAAACUAAAAAAGUUUUUCUUUUCAUGCUUUAAAUACAUUUUUAUCGGUUACUAUAGCAACGCAUGAAAAAAGUUGCAUUAUCUUUUAGCGAUACAGUGGGAAUAUCAUCAGCAUAUAUACAUCAAGUCAAUUAAACACAGCAUAAAAAGUAAAUAGGAUAAUAAAAACAAUGAAUGAAAUCGACUUAAUAAAAGAAGUCGAGAAACGUCCAAUUCUAUACGACAAGUCGGUCAGCGGUUUUAAUAAAACUAAGUUAAGGGACGACGCGUGGAAGGAAGUUCAGGAAUCUCUCAAUGUAUCUGAGUCAGAGUGCAAGAAGCGCUGGCGUUCAUUGCGCGAUUCAUUCAUUAAGCUUCAACGGACGCACGCUGGACGAACGCGAUGGCCCUAUCUUCACGCGAUGCGUUUUUUAAUACCACAUGUUGAGCCAAAGAACGAUGUACCGACCAAACGUGAAUUAUCAGACUCAGAUCCUGAAGAAGAAAAUCGGCAUCGGCCCGGUAAUUCGCUGCCGGAUUUGUCUUCCGAUUCUCGUGAAAAUUACGACGAUGACGAUUUUAAGAAAGCAAAGAAGAUGCGUCUUAACUCAACGGAAGAAGAUCCCUGCCAUUGUAACAGAACGGAUCUGGACGAGCUUUUUCUCUUGAGCUGCGCUUCAACUCUAAAAAGGUUGAAUUCAAAACAGAACGCGGCCGCUCGACUCAAAAUUCAGCAAGCUUUGUAUGAAGCCGAAUUUGGGACUAAAAUGGGAACCCCUAGCCUGACUCCCACAAGUGACUGUGGUUAUAACUAGGUUAUAACUAGGUUUUGUUGAAUGAAGUUAGCAAUGAAACUGAACAUCUAAAUGGGAAAAUAAUGGAAAUAACGUUAAAAAUACCGUGAAUUUAACUGCCCAAUUAAUAUUAAAACUUUAAAGAUAACAUCAAAGAUAUGUCAAGGUUAUAUUUAUUUACUAAGGCGUUUGUCUUUUUUAAAUUUAUAUACACAUGUCAACUUAAUAUAUACUUCGUUAAGCUAUUUUAACGUAGAAAUAUGACGUUUUAAAUUAACUUUUUAUUGUUUCCUGCACUACACUGGGAAUACUAUAAAUGGAACUGGAAGUAAGGUGUAUUUAAUUUAUAAAUAAAAUGAAUAAGAAUUGUAUAGUGCAGCAAAACUUAACCUUACGUGGAUUUAUUUUUAUUUUAAUUAAGCUACGCGUACCUAAUACCGAGAGGUGGGAAAAUCGUCCUACGUGUUGAAAUGAAUUUAAUUUAUUUUAAAACAUAUGUGUAUUAACAAAAAUUUAAAACCACUUUUUUUUAAUACUUAUCAUUAGGUAUGCAACUACCACUGAUUCAAGAAAGAACCCCAGACCCGAGAAGAACCGGCGAACUCAGCGACUCUUUAUUUUGCAGUCUUAUCAAUAAUGACGAAAUAUAAUAUGCACUUAUUUAAAACGUUGUUUUCAACUUCACUUUUAAUAUUAACCAAUUAAGCAAUAUGUUAGAUGGUAGUAUAUUUUGAUUCCUUCAUCACUUAUAAUUUCCUAAAAAAGCUGAACAAAUAGCGGCAACUACGUAUUUUUUUAAAUAUUUAAAUUUGUCUUCCCAACAAUAAUAUAAUAUUAUGUAAUUUGAAAAACUCACAACUUAGGUCCACUCACAUGCAUGAUGUCUUAGAUAAAACUUUAUCCAUCUCGUAAUUAUCUCUAAAAUACAUGUAUUUCUAAGCAGUUUUAAAAAUCAAUAUUAGUUAGUUAGCGGCAAUCAAAUAAGUUUUAUUUUAUUCCAACCGUAAAUAUAUGCAAUUUGAGUAAACAUUUUACUACAUUUUUUGAUGUUUUAAAAAUACUAAGAGGUAUUCUUAAGGUCGCCUUUAAACUAAAUGAUUAAUGAACUAAGUUCAACCAGGCAUUAUUACGGUUAAUGCAGGUAACACGUAAUUGCGAAUCGAUAAAUGAAUUAAUGAAUCGAAGAAACGCCUCACAUAAUAAAUAAUAAGAAUUUAAAUGAAUAUUGAUAAUAAUAUAUUUACUUUAGAUUAAUAAUUUUAUGAUAAGCAGAAAUAUUUUGACACCACGCCGAUUUUAACAUUAAUAAAAAGGCAACACCAAUAUGUGUUUUAAAUAUUGCCAUAAUAAAACCUAUUCCACAA